CGGUACCUAUCUUGUUGAAUUUGUAGGUACCUAAUUCCAAAGUUCACGCUUUCUUAUUUUUACGUUGAGUUCUUGUAGCCUGCGAAACUUUGUUGCCGUCUGCCGAGUUUUGCCUCACACCGCAGUCUUUACUUUAUACAGUAAAUAAUCGUACGUGUGUAAAGUUAAACCAGACUCAGUUUAAGUUGUUACCAUACCUUAAAGUUUCUUAAAUAUUUAAAUAACAGUAAACAGAAUGUCUGCUGCAGUAAAAGGUAUUUUCAUUGUGGGUGCCAAGCGCACACCUUUUGGCACAUUCGGUGGUGUGUUCCGCAACACCUCUGCCAGUGAACUUCAGGCGAUAGCUGCAAAUGCAGCAAUCAAGGAGGCAGGAGUUUCCCCUACCGAAAUUGACUCUGUUGUCAUUGGACAGGUUAUGCCUGUGUCGUCAACUGAUGGUGCCUACUGCCCCCGACAUGCAGCUCUCAAAGUGGGGAUCCCACAAGAGAAACCCGCUCUUGGAGUCAACAGGCUAUGUGGCUCUGGAUUCCAGGCAGUUGUGAACAGCGCUCAGGAUAUCGCAUUGGGAUCAGCAAAAAUUUCCCUAGCCGGUGGUGUGGAAAACAUGUCUCAAGCUCCUUUCGCCGUGAGGAACAUCAGAUUCGGUACAACACUCGGCACCAGCUACCAGUUAGAGGACACGCUAUGGAGCGGUCUUACCGACACCUACUGUAGUCUUCCCAUGGGCAUGACGGCCGAGAAACUCGGAGCAAAAUACGGCGUCACCAAGGACGAAGUCGAUAAGUUCGCGCUGAGGUCCCAACAGAGGUGGAAGGCUGCGCAAGACGCCGGUGUCUUCAAGUCGGAGGUCGAACCUGUGACCAUCACGGUCAAGCGGAAGGAGGUGAAGGUGGACAUGGACGAGCACCCUCGCCCGCAGACCACCCUCGAGGGCCUGCAGAAACUCCCACCGGUGUUCCAGAAGAAUGGACUGGUCACUGCUGGUACUGCCUCGGGCAUCAGCGACGGCGCUGGAGCGCUCAUCCUGGCGAGCGAAGAGGCGGCUAAGAAUCUGAAGCCCCUCGCCCGGCUGGUGGGCUGGGCCUACGUGGGCGUCGACCCCAGCAUCAUGGGUAUCGGCCCCGUGCCGGCUAUCGAGAACCUGCUGAAGGCCACCAACAUGACGCUGAACGAUAUUGAUCUUAUUGAGAUCAACGAGGCAUUCUGCGCCCAGACCCUCGCUUGCGCAAAGGCUCUCAACCUGGACAUGGAGAAACUGAACGUGAACGGUGGUGCCACCGCCAUUGGCCACCCGCUCGGCGCCUCCGGAGCGCGCAUCACCGCACACUUGGCUCACGAGCUCAGACGUCGCGGUUUGAAGCGAGCUAUCGGAUCAGCUUGCAUCGGAGGGGGACAGGGUAUUGCUGUCAUGUUGGAGGCCGUCUAAAUCAAAUCUAACACCUUAUAACUGGACGCUAUUAAGCAUUUGUGUACUGACCCAUAAAAAAUUCGUAUUGAGUUAUGGAUGCAGCUAUGAUCUUCACAUGAUUUAGAACAAGACUGCAUUAAAAAUUUAACAACAAAAAAAUUGUGGGUUAGGACACUAAUGCUUAACAGCGACCAACUUUUAGUCCGUCUAAGACCUUAGUCAUAACCUAACCUAGGUCUUAAACAAAUCAUUGAUAUCACAAUAUUACUGCCGCACACUAUUUUGAAAAAUAUAAUAUUAUGUAGGUACAGUAAUUAAUUAUUAGGAUUUUUACAUGAUGAAAAUGAAUGAUAUAAUGUGACAGAAACUAUUUUCUAUUAUUACCUGUUUUUGCAUUCAAAAUGGGUAAUUUUAAAUAUUUUAUACGUAGUCUACA